AUGACGAGUCCAAAGGACGAAGGAGAGCGAAAGCUAACCAAAGCCGGAGCAGGGAUCCUAGGGGCCCAAAAGCACAAGGAGCUCCAGCAAGGAAUAGAGGCUGGUGAAGGUCUGGCCCCUCUUAGCGCCCGCCCGAACAAACGACGUGCCGAAGACAGUGAUACAAUGAGUGUCGGAUCAUCUCGUGCUUCGAAACCGAAAGCAGGCCUCAGCAAAAAGCGAAGACUACUUGAUCUCGACGAACCCGAUGCUUCCGACUCCGGAUCUCCUCGCAUGCUAUCUGAAAAUCCUUCGUUAAAGUCUGCUAGCAAGGGAUCCAAGAUGACCGACGUGCUAUCAGAGGCCAACAGACCAAAAGUCCUACCCAAGCACCUGCCGGGGCUCAAAUCGUCAGAUGAUCAAGUUCACUUGCCAGCAGUGCUAAGCCUUAGCAACGGAACAACGAUUACCCUCACCUAUGAGCGAACCACAGCUCAAGCAUCCGAGGAGGACGAGGACUUCUGGGAGCAGGUGAAGCAGCGAGUGCACCAGCCGCAACAGGUCUGCUCAGAUGAGGUCGACGGGACCAUGCUCAGCAGCAUAAAGUCUCUCGAAUUUCACAACCGCGAAAUCAUAAGCAGACUUCUCUCAAUGAUUCCAGGGACUCACAUCGCAGCAGAAGAGCACAACAAGAUCGUUCGCCACAUUGUCGCCAGCACAAAUGAGGCUGCUGAAUUGACCAGACAUGAGCUAUGCUCCUAUGGUGUAUCAAUUGCAACUAUGGCAUACCAAGCUUUUAGAGACCAAUCAAUCAUCAAGACCAUCGGAGUACAUAUGCUAGAGCUGCUGGACCCCGCUACUGCAAAGCAAGCUUCUACAACGCCUGGCAAGCAAAAGCAAGAGGCAGCAGCACAUGAUAAGCAGCAGGGAAUCAAGCAAGAGCCAGGAGAAGCAGAUUUCUUGGGAGAGAAUAACGGAGGAGGAGAUUUGCUCAGCGACGGUGUCGGGAAGCAAGAACAGCAACAUUAUGGUGAUGAGUAA